AUGUACCAUCAGCAAGACCAAAAAAGUUCGGCGGUGGUUUUGGAUGUCAUACCGCCACACUAUAACAUGCAUCACGGACAACCCAGUCCACCACAAUCUCCCAACACCAAUCAGCAAUACAGAAAAGAUUGUGCCAGCCCUAUACCAUCUGAAACCAAACUGAACACCCCGACAAGCCCAUCAUCGGUAAACGACCCCAACAUUCGCAGAUACAGGACCGCGUUUACCAGAGAGCAAUUAGCGAGAUUGGAGAAGGAAUUCUACAAGGAAAACUACGUGUCUCGCCCUAGACGGUGCGAAUUGGCCACCCAAUUAAACCUGCCGGAGAGCACAAUCAAGGUUUGGUUUCAAAACAGACGCAUGAAGGACAAGAGGCAGAGAAUGGCCAUCGCUUGGCCAUACGCUGCUGUGUACACCGACCCAGCAUUCGCCGCCUCUAUUCUUCAAGUCGCCGCCUCCACGUUGCAUUACCCACCAGCACCGCCGAUGUACCCCCCGCACUACCCCAUGGGUGCUAGGUACCACCCUUACUCUGGCUUUGGGGUGCCGCAGAUGCACCAACAAGGACUUCAGCCUUCCAUGCCUCUACAACAGAACGUGCCUCAACCUCAACUGCCUCAAGGCUUGAACAUCAACCUGGGAGGCUUCGACUUUCCUCAGUACCCCAAAUUUGACCACCACCACCAGAAGCUGUCGCCUCACAGCUCGCCAGUGCAUUCCGACAUCAGCUUGUCUCCACCAGCUCAACACGAAGGCCUUCUGAUACCAGUGGCCAGGGUUUCGCCCGAAACGCAAGUUCCUUCGAAGCCCAAACUGUUCAAACCGUACAAAUCUGAAACGUAA